AUGGUGCACUCAGCAGCCCUGCAGUAUCGCCACAACGCAGUCCUCAACCGCCUUGCAACAGCAGUCGCUGGGCGACCAAGAAGAGGAAACACUGCUGUUCCUGACAUCAGGAUCAACCAAGCCGUCAUAGGGGACAGCAGUGGGCUGCGUCCGGACCUCGUAAUAACUGAUGAGGCCGCGAAGGCUGUGACCAUCGUCGAUGUGACAAUCCCCUUCGAGAAUAGGCGGAUUGCGCUCGACAACGCUCGGCAACUGAAGAGGAUAAAGUACGCCGACGUUGCGCGCGGAUUAGCCGCUCGCGGCUAUUCCGUCACUGUCGACGCCCUGGUUGUCGGCAGUCUGGGGGCGUGGGACCGCCAGAACGAUGCGGUGCUUCGGCACCUAGGCAUCGCCAGCCGCUACUGCCAACUGAUGCGGCGAUUGAUGGUGUCCGACACCAUCAAGUGGUCCCGCGACAUCUACGUUGAACACAUCACUGGCCAUCGCCAGUAUGUGUCCCCCUAG